GCCGGCGGGGCGGCCUUAGCUUCCCGGAGGAAGGACCGAGCACCUUGUCGAGCAGACACCCGGCCGCGAGAGAAAGGACGGCCGCGCCGCGGGGCCUCCUCUUAUAUAGCCUCCCUCGCCACGCCCCCUUCGCCUUCGGCAGCCAAUCAGCGGCGCGUCCGGACGGGGCCGGGGACCGCCGGAGACAGCCGAACGCGGCCGAGGACGGGCGUCGGCCGCUAGGGGGCGGGCUUAGCAGUCGGGGCUUAGCAAAGGCAUGUCCCUGCAGUGUUACCAGUGCACGGGGCAGACCAGUAAUAAGAACUGCCUCACCGUGCAGACCUGCAGACCCGAGGACAAGGCCUGCAGGACGGAGCUGACGAGUGCUGUGGGCCUGGUCAGAUUCAUCACCAAAAGCUGUGUGGAAUGGUGCCAGGAGGAGGCUAAUAACUACCACAUAGGCUCCAAGAAUGUCACCUGCUGCCGCUCAGACCUGUGCAACGUGAAUGGGGCCGGAGGGCUGAGCCCCAGCCCCACCGCUGUCCUCUCCGCCAGCCUGCUCGUCCUCUUCGGUGCCCUGUUCCGGACUCCACUGUGAGGGAAGACCCCCUUCCCCUCCUCACCCCCAAGCAAGGCCCUGCUGGCAGAGCCAGCCUGGUGGAGCCAGCCAGUUAGGGGUUCCUGGAGCCUGCGGCUUCCCAGUAGCGAUGGGCCAUCUCUGGGGACUGGGGGAGCGGGAGGGAGCCAGAGGUGCCCGAUGACACAUCUGGAACCAAACAUCCCUGGCCCCAUGUUCCCUGGGCACCUCUGCCACUACCCCAGCUGCUGGGGACAUGCCCAACUCUUCUGCCCCCCACCCACCUCUGCUGAAGGAGGAGGCAGUGUGGUGGCAUUGGGGAACCCCCACUCAAUACCCAACUCACCUCAUUGUGGUCCCUCCCACACUCCAUCCCUCCCCCUUUUCUAGAAACAGUAUCCCCAUCAGGCUUUUGAACCUCCUGUCACUGAUUGGAAGUCCUCAUGCUGGCUGGCUAUUAAAAUGGAGAAACUG